CCCAACCCCCCAACCCCUUCUGGCUACUCAAAUAACUGUCGCUGGUUAUAUGAAUAUUAUAAAACCCAAGAACAGGCACAAAAAUUUAAGUGGGAAGACCAUCCAACAAUUAUACACAAGAUCUAUGCAUGAAUAGAUAAAUAUAGAGAUGACAAGGUAAUGUAGCAACUGCUUGAGGCACUUGUUCAAUGCUGCUCAUUUUUCAGAAAUAAUGGACAAAAAUAAUAAAAAUAAUAAGUUUUGAAAGAGGUUCAUUUAUUUAAAUGUGUUUCUCUUUUUCUUUUUUUUCUUUUUUUAAUAGUAGAUCUGAUUGACCAUGAAUACCCCUCCCCAUCAUGAUCCACAACAGCCAGAUGUUUUCUUGGGGAGCAUGCAGACUCCACUGUCCAGACCCCAACUUGCAUCCAAAGACUCAAAGAGAGUUUGUUUUUACAAGAGUGGAGACCCGAAGUUUUCUGGACACUGGGUAGUCAUCAACAGUCGUACGUUCAAGACUUUUGAUGCCCUGCUGGACGCCCUUUCAAACAAAGUGCCUCUACCGUUUGGGGUGCGCACCAUCACAACACCCAAAGGUACACACGCGAUCCGGAGCUUAGACAAUCUGCAGCACGGGGCCUCUUAUGUGUGCUCAGAUCAAAGAAAGGUCAAACCCCUGAACCUGGAUGAUAUCAACCAGAGACAUGUCCCCUGGAACAGCACCAGACCUACUAGCGGAGGACGUCAGGGACGCAGAGGCCUGAUCCGGCAGCUGGUAAAGAAGAAUGAACUAGGCAGGAUGGCAAAAAUGGCUGAAAGUACUGUGACAGUGAGGACACCAAAAAGGCUCGUGGUUCUUAAAAACAGGGAUCCCAGCACUAAACGCAUAGUUGUUUUGCAGAGGAGGACAGCUCCGACUUUUGAGGCGCUCUUGGAAUACCUUUCCCAAGUGAUGCAGUUCCCUGUGGUUAAGCUAUACACCGCCGAUGGCAGGCGAGUUGAAGGUCUGUCGGCCCUGAUCCUGUGCUCUGGUGUCAUCGUAGCAGCUGGUAACGAACCCUUUCAGCCGGCUAACUUCAAUCUCCAAGCAUCCGCUCAACCCUCACACUCAGUCAUGUCUGAAGCCACGGGGCCAACAAAGACACAGCCAUUGCCACAAGUCCAACAAAAAUCAGUUAGACCAAGAUCAAGAAAUUUCUCAUUAUCAUCAGAAAGAUAUUUUGUAAAUCAGAUCAACAUGUCGCUAAACGGAAGUCACUCCCAGGAGAAUGACGUGAAAUCGGGAUCGACGGCGAGCGUGAACAACCGAGCACUAGAAUCAGAAGAGAUGGAGAAACGUGACUUCGUGUCUGGUAUCGAGGAAGACGAUCGCUUAAUUAAACCUUCAGAUGAUGAGAUUGAGAAAUCGUUCCGUGUGAACCAGGACGGCAGCAUGACCGUGGAGAUGAAAGUCCGUCUCACUAUAAAGCAAGAGGAGAUGAUUCACUGGACCACCACAGUGAGUCGAGCCUGUGUUAAUAGCCAGGAGAUGGCAGCGUUCUCACAACCAGUCUCAAGCUACAACUCCCCAGAUAAUAAAAACAAUAAUAACAACAGAACACGAGAGUCAAAGAUAGAUGGCUAUGAAUCUAAAGAUGAGAAUACGCAAACCUAUAAAGCAAUCAAAUUCAACAAGGAAGGAGAAAAUCACCGUGAAAGCGCUACUUCUGAGGCCUCGGAAAAUCCAAAACCGUGUUUCAGGAGGCGGCCUACUCCGGGACCUAGGCGUGUCGGAAGGAACGAAACUUCAGUGGAGAAUAUAAAGAAGCUAUCACAGACUGCUGUUCAGGAAAGCACGGUUGGUGCAUACUCAUAUGUGGAACACACAUCUGAAGGUGAGCUAUUAGAAGGGUACUGUGUUGUCAGUCAUAGCAGCUCUAGCAGUACAAGACCUGUACCAAAACCCAGGAAGAAAAAUUUAGUGGAAGCCAAGCAUAAUAAGACUCACUCCUCUCGCUCAGGGAUCGCAGCGGCUCUUCAGCUGCACAACAAAGGAAAAGAGGUUACAGAAACUGUCAUGCAGAUUCAUCGGUCACAGGAUACCUGUGAAAACUGUUUCGCAAAAACUUGGGCUGAUGCGGAUGACAGGUUGGUAUCGGUGUCUCGAGAACACAAAAAGUCAGGCUCAACUGAAUCAGGGCCUCGAUCUUCAAGCAAUGCCUGUGACACCGAUCUUACCAAACUGUCUCUGAGUUCUGGUCCUGGGAAUGCUAGGAACAAUGAACUCUUAUCUUUGCUGUCUGGCCACUCGGACCUUUCGCAAACAAAAAGCAACAGUGCAUCCUCCUUCACCGACUAUGAAAAUCAAGCUAGGUGUGACUCCUCCGACAAAGGACUGGAGAUAUCCCCUAAAAAGCACUCUGAAAACAAAAGAGUUCUUAGUAAGAAGAGUGAAAAGGCACCAAAAACUGAAAGGUCCAACAAAGGUGUGUUUCUGAAAAGCACUGUAAGAGACAAAAAGCAGAAAGGUAGCGUUCCAGACUUUUUAAAAGACCUAAAGAACGGCGAUUCUCCGGAAUCGCAGAGCCGCAAAGAAAGUGACAAACACGGGCAGAAGCUUAAAAAGAAAAAGAAAGGUCAGUCACCUUUCCGUCAUAGUAACGUGCUAAGGGGCACGUCUGAAAAUAUAAACUUAGGUCAUACGGACAUUCUAAGGCCUCGCAUUAAGGACAAAUUAGACGUCAUCCCGCCAUCUCAUUCAGCACCUUUCAAGAUUCUAACGAAGCAAAGGUCUGUGAAUGGCAGCAUAACAAAUUCUCCUAAACAGAGCAAGGAGUUGAGUGAAAGUGUUUCUAUGCCAGUGCUACAGUCAUCCCCCUGCAGUGUGCACCAGUAUGUGGAAAACUGGCUGGCAAACAUUCACUCGGAAUCAGCGCUCUAUACGGAUGAGUUAAACCUGCAUGAAUCUCGAGCUAGGUUCCAGAUCGAAAGUGAUUUCUCAGACGUUUCAGAAACGAGAGGGGAAUUAGACAGCGACAUUUUGGUGGAGAACUGUGCUGAAGGUUCUACUGUCAAGAAGCCAGUGUCUCGACCACUUGUGCAAAUUAGGUGUGAGGGAGAACCUGUGGAGACACAGAACCUGGGAAGAUUCUGUAAAUCAAUGCCAAGCGUGAGAAUGCAUGCUGCUGAACAGGAGAUUGGAACAAGAAAGAAUAAGUCUUCAGAGGACUUGCUUCCCAAAUUGCCAGAUGUAGGGAGUGAAAUAUCACCAAACACACAGAACUCUAGGUCAGUUAUGAAACAAGUUUCAGAGCAGUUAUGUUUAUCCAUCCAGUUUAUCAGAAGAGCCUGUAGUCAUUCUCAUCUAUCAUCCUUGAAGAAGAAUACAAAAUCCAGUAGCCUUCCCGACUUCUCAUCACAGUUAACCUCUGCUUUUGGCUCUCCAUCAAAGGCCCUUCUCUCCUUCCUGACGGUGAUGACACUGAGAGAUGGAAUCGCCAACUCUGCCAAUGAAGACUCGGGUUCUGACAAUGCUAAUAACUCAAGAAGCAAUCCAGAGGCUCUGCAGGUUAUGCAAUCCAUACAAAAACUGGCCAGCAUGGAGGAUGAAGAAGAGCUUAAGGCCAGCCUGGCAAGUCUCCGCAGUUCAACUUCUGCUCAGUUGAAGAAGAGCUGGAGCGAUUUCCAAGAGAGAAAUUAUAUCCAAGAAAGUCCCCUGCUGUCACCAAGACAGUCAGAGCAAGAGUUUGCUCUUGAGGUCGACUCAGAAGAGGGCUAUCAAGAUAAAGGGCCCGUUUUUGGUAUCACCGAGUUAAUGGACGAGCUAAACAUGUGUGAGGAUCUCCGCCGAGAGAUCUCCUCACUUGUUAGAGGUGAUUUGACCGAUUUCGAUAGAGCAAAACCCACUAAGGAACAUCCAGGUCAGGAAAACGAAACCACCAAUGUUGCCCUCAAGAACGAGGAUGCCACUACGAAGGAUGAUUUAAGAGGGCUCUUAGAGGAAGAAAGAAUAUAUUUAGAGGAGCGAGAACAUCAGUAUGAUUAUAUAACAAGCACCAAGCCUGCAGAUUUAUCCAAAGAAUCUGAAGAAGUACACCUACUUGAAUCAAGUUCCUAUAAGCCAACACUUCUGAGUAAAGAUAAAGCUAUGGGAGAAUCAGACCUAGUGAAAUAUGUCCAAAUUGAGGAUAUGUCUAACCAAAAAGGACUAGUUCCAUAUAUAACUGAAAUUGCAGAUGACGUUAAGACAAACCAGGAAAGGAAUGUGGAUAAUGAACCGAGCAACGCAGAUCUAUGUGAGGAGAAGCAGGAGAUGAUGGACAAUGUCCAAAUGAUUGAGGAAAAGUACACAGAAGAUGAGAUAAUCCAGGUUGAUGAGUUUCAGGUGCCAGAUUACAGUCCAUCUAAUCUAGAAGACAAAGUGAAAUGUAGAAGGCAAGAAAGUGUAGGUUGUACGCUCUCUGAAUCUGAACUGCUUUCUCCCACUUCGGAAACAGAGGGGAAAAAUGUCCGAUCGAAUUCUGAGGUGAUUGAUAACACCGUCAGGAAAAGGGGAGAUUGGACAGAUAGUUUAGAAGGAUGUGGCAUUCAUUCAAAGGCAGAAGACACCUACUUUGAAACCAAGGAGCAUCCUAAACAGCCAGAUAUAAUAUCAGAGACUGUAGAAGCACACCUUCCAAACAAUGACACUAUCCAAAUAGAAGAGAAGAAUGCAACACACGAAGAUGCUAGAUCGGAGGCAUCCGACUUUAGCGUAGAUGAAUCUGAUCCAUACGGUAAUGACGAUAAUGCCCUAAAGGAAGUCGAGAUUAACAAUGGCCAUGAAGUAACCAUGUGUAGCACAUCAGAAUGUGAAAAUCCAGCUGACGGACCGCACCAGUCUUCAGUGUCCGAUCAAGAGGAUGAACACUCUGACCAUUACAAGUCAGCACCAGAAACUGAACACGAGCUCCAGAAGUCAGAGGAGGGAAGUGUCACUGAGAAACAGGCUCAUAAUGCUAACGAGAAAGAUGAAGAAGCGGAUGAGGAUGAAGAUUUUGCUGCAGAACCAAACUCUCCUCUACACCUGCACCAUGAAGGUGAAUGUUCAGACCGCUCAGAGUCGUAUAAAGGCCGAGAAGCGAUAGGUGAACUCCAGAAAUCGGAGGGGGAUAGCGUUAGUAAGAAUGCAACUCGCCCUGCUGAGGAGAAAGAUGAUGAAACAGAUGGACAUGAUGACGAGCAGAGCAAUGCUUUAGAUACUCAGUCACAUCACUCCUUCUUGGAAGAUCCUUCAUCCCUGAGGAGGGACUCGUGCAACAGUGAGGAAAAACAUCAAGCCCAGUCAGUAGAUUCUGCAGGAACGGAAGAAGCAGAUACGGCUCACGAUUGUCAUUGUGCGCAUCCUACGGUGUUCCCCCAGCAACUGCUGGAUUUUAUCAACUUAGCACUGAUGUCCUCUGCUCUGAUUUUCGAAUAUGAUUCAAACGGCCGUCUCCGAAUCAAGCCAGACAGAUGCAGAAACAGAGCAACGUCUUCAUCUAAAAGCAAUAUAGACAAUCAGUAUGCUAGGAGAUGUCUUCCUAGUCCCAACACAUCUGACCUCUCUGAUUACAGGCCCGAUACUUCAGAUAGUGGAGGAGACCCGUCACAGUUUUCUACAGAUAUUUUAACCGAGAGUGGAGAGGAUGAUGCAGAGAGGCCGUUCAUUUACCAACGCACCGUGAAGCAAAGUUCUGAGAACAUCAACAGUCUUAGCUCUUUUCCUGACUCCAUGGUUAACAGUACUAUGCAGGUCCCAGUCUACUGCAACUCUUCAGACUCUAUUGGGAAUUCUGAGCUUGAACAAUGUCUAGCCUUUCUUGCAAAGGCUGACUCUGGGGAAGGAAUCCUGAUCGAUAAAGGCAGGUGGCUUCUUAAGGAGAAUCACCUCAUUCGUAGAUCUCCUCCUGUUCCGAUGGGAAUGUAUGAAAAUGUGGAUACAACGUCAGUUGACACAGGUCAAGAAAACACAAGCGAGGACGCCUCCUACGUACCUUGUGGGAGAAAACAGUCCCCACUAGCCGUCCUAUCGUCUUCUGAACUGGAAGACAUGGCCAAGCCCUCCACACCCAAGUGUACAUACUUCACCAUGGCUCACGGUAGUGACUCCGACCCUUUUCUGGAUAACCAGAGCAUUAGCAGUAACAAAGGGAAAGCUUUCAGUCGAAAAAGCAAGGCAGUAUCACCACUGGAAGAAACAUCAAAAAUGUCGGCAAAGAAAAAUGGAAGCCUCCCCUCUUUUACAUCCGUGGAUUUUAAACUGGCCACUGGGAAAGUCCAUCCAGCGGACGGCACGGCAGCUAGCGUGGUGGAGAAAUCUGCCAGAUCCCAGAGCUUAAGAUGCAACACACCACAUGAAGAAGAUUCAGUACAGGGGCUGAGUCUUAGAUGUGGACAGCAUUGCCCAAUACUGUAAACAGUAACUGUAUGUACAUACUUCUUAGUUUCCCCCUCUAUAUUAACGAACUGAAAUAUCGUAGGAGGAUCGAGAGAGUUUACCCCUCCACUUUGGUGCCUCCGUCAAAAAUAGUUAACUGAUAGUAAUGAUGAAAACUUGAAAGCAGUUUUAAACACUGAAUGAAACUAACAUUCGAACAUAAUUCAUAAUAAAACCGUGCCGAUGGA